AACCACCCAACCAAACCACCCCAUUCAUCCCAUUCCUAUCCAAUUGUAAACGCAGUUGUCUUGUCGUGUGCAUUCAUUGGUUUAAUUUUACUACGGAACGUUCCUAACAUUACAGAAAUAUGAGGCUUAUCGAAAAGGUGUUCAACCCGACCGGUAGGAACCAUGUUGGAACGGUAAUCUUUUUCCACGGUUCAGGAGACACGGGAAACGGGCUGACGGAGUGGAUUCGUUUCCUGCUCGGUCGGGAUAUGGAGUUUCCACACAUCAAGGUGAUCAUCCCAACGGCACCGGUGCAACCGUACACUCCGAUGGGCGGCGAGAACUCCAACGUGUGGUUCAACCGGAAACGGAUCGAAAUGGAUUGUCCGGAGAUAAGAACGUCGCUCGCGUCAAUCUACGACACCGUCAAUGAAAUUUUGAUACGGGAGAUGGCCCAGGGCGUACCCGCGAAUCGGAUUAUUGUUGGGGGCUUCUCAAUGGGAGGUGCGCUGGCACUGCAUACCGCAUAUCACUUGCAUCGAGACCUGGGAGGAGUGUUCGCAAUAUCAUCGUUUUUGAAUAGCGGCUCGAUAGUCUACGAUUCCUUGGGGUGUGUCACACAGGAUGAGAAGCUUGCAGAUCUGCUGAUGUUCCACGGCGAAAGAGACACCCUGGUGCCCAUCGAAUGGGGACAAACAACGUUCGAUGAGCUGGCCAAGCUUGGCGUUCGUGGUCAGUUCGUGCCACACCGGAAUGCACUCCACGAGAUAAAAAAAGACCAACUGCUGCGAGUUAUCGACUGGAUCAACAAGCUGAUUCCUGAGCCCCGCGAGGAGCUCUCACCAUCGCCGCCACCACCCGAGCGGUCCACGAAAAAGAAGGGCAAACUGUGAUGGAGGCGGUUUUAUCUAGUUUUUAACUUAUCGAGCUUAUACGCGGUUAGGCGGUUUUUACAAAUAAAUUGUUUGAAUAAUGGCAACAAUGUA